UGAGAUUUCAGCUCUGCCGCUGUCGCUUUGAUUUUAUGAAGUUUCUUUGUAACAUCGCCGUUGAAUUAAUCAGAUCUCGAGCAGCUCACAUUUCAGCCGCAGCUCGUCGACACGGAGGAGAGAUGUGUAAAGAGCUGAAGACCAAAGUGCUGCGUCUGCUGCCGCCGACCUCCAACGGACCCUCCGUUCAGCCGGAGGGCUACACAGAUGGUGCUGAAAUCCUGAGCUCCACUGUGAAGGCUCUGAAGGACGGUCAUGUGGUCGCUCUGCCCACAGACACCAUCUACGGCCUGGCGUGUCUGGCCCAGAACUCAGAGGCCGUCAGAAAAACCUACAACAUCAAAGAAAGAAAUGGACAUAAACCGCUGGCCAUCUGUGUGGGAGAAAUCCAGGAUAUUUACAA